GGGACUGAGGCAGGGCAGCAGCAGCGGCAGCCGGCUGAGUCAACCUUCACUUCUGCUUCACUUCCAGCCGUCCUGCUCUGUGCAGCCGGCUCCAGCUGACAACCUGCGGACAGUACUGUCUCUAACCGAGUCAUGGACAUCGGUGGACGACAGCUCACGGUGUAGCCAGGAGGAUUCGUAGACCGCCAGAGAAUCAUGGAGCCAGAUGUGAUUCGCAUUUACUCCUCGUCUCCGCCGCCGCUGGAGGACGGCGCAGAGGAAGAGGAAGACGAGUUUGGAGACUUCGGCACCUUCUCUGGCGUCCCGGGCAGCAUCAGCUUCACAGAGUUCGACACCCCGACCACUUUUAACCAGACCCAAGCUUUGACCGCCACCUCGCCGCCCGAGCUCCUCAACAGCAGAGGGCUGAUGGGAUUCAGCCGCUCCUCUAACGGCACCCACAACCCCACUAACCAGCUGUCCAAGGCUAAUGGCGUCGUGCCGCCGAGCCACCCGGGCAGCAGUCCCUCAGAAAGAACUGAGAUGAAAAAGGUCGUCUCCAGCUCCCUGGGUUUCCCGCCGAGCGACACGGCUGGCGGCGAGCUCGCUGACUGUAAUGGCGGCGGCACAGAAGUGCUCACAAACGGGUUCACGACCUUUGAUGUUCAGGGAAGCCCCUCCUCACUGAAUUCUGUCCACUCUCAUAUAAAAGGAACGUCCAGCGAGGACACAGGCAGCGUCCCCGUCUGCAGCCCAGAGGACGAUUUUGCAGAUUUUGCUGCUUUUUCCAAUGCUGAAGGACACGUCUGCCCGACGGCGGCCCAGGCCCAGGUCCAGGACCAGGACCAGGACCAGGACCAGGACCAGGAACAGGCCCAGGACCAGGCCCAGGACCAGGACAGUCCCACAGGGCGGAGCCACGACGAGCGCUGUACUUUAGAGCAGGGAACGACUUCAGAGGACAAUGUCAGGGACACAAACAGAACUGGACCCAACACGUCCGGCUCUGACUCUAUAUCUGUCCCCGCCGAGACUCUGGACCGGGACUCUCUACAAAGGGACGUAGCCUUUGCACAGGAGCGCUCCGCCUCUGAGGCAGCUUGCACUAAUGAACCCCUCCCUCUGACCCGGGUGGACGUAGCUGACGGGGACGAAUCCAAAGACGCCGCAGGCUGCAGCGAACACGACCUCUCGCCUGACGCAGCUGCUGACAGCGAGGCGGGACAGUCGGACGAGACGGAGACGGAGACGUCUUUCGGCCGGCCGCUGUCAACAGACGCUCUAGAGGAGUACGGUGACAUGAGCACCACGGGCUCUGCGCCCUCUCCGCCCCUCCAGGGGGACACCGCCACGCCCGCCGACCACAGCCAGCUGGCAGAGGACGACGAGGACUUUGGGGACUUUGGAGACGCCGACUCAUUCGGCGCUCAGGGCUUUGCUGAUUUCGAGCAGCAGGAGCCGAACGGGUCGCACGGCUCUGCUGCUGCACAGGAAGCUGCACGCACCGAGGACGACGACUUCGGAGACUUCAACUCCCCCAAGCUUCACAGCUGUGAGAGGGAGGGGGGCGAUGGGGGACAGUUCGCCGACUUCCCCGUCAGUGACAGUUUCGGGAACUUCAGCUCGGCUGUGGAGGCCGCAGACGGGGAGGCGGAUGCAGGAUGGAGUGCCUUCGGGGAGCAGCAGCAGCAGGUGGAGGGGGAGUCCUGGGCGGCGUUCAGCACGGAGCAGAGCGUCGCUCCUCCUGCAGAGAGCAGAGCGGGAGAGGGGGGAGAGGGGGGAGAGGGGGAGGAGCAGGAGCAGGAGGAGUGGCAUGAAACUGAAGCUCCUGCAGUCAGCGAGGAACGCAGCAGGACGGACAGACAGUCGGCGUCGCUGUCCGGCCGUCUGGAGAAGGUGUUUCACAGCAGCUUCCCUCAGACCGCCGCCCCCCCUGUGGAGGACCAGGUGGUGUCCCUGAAGAUCCUGCUGGACCCCCCAGGAGGGGAGGAGGGGAAGAGGUCACCAUGCAGCAGGUCUGUGCGUGGCGGUGUGUGGACGCAGCUUCAGGACAUCCACGAGGCAUUCGGCCUCAGGUACCAGUGGGGGGGCUCCCACUGCAACAAAGCUCUGCUCUGCUGCCUCGGCAUCGACACCAGAAACAUCCUGUUCACGGGACAGAAGAAGCAGCCGGUCAUUGUGCCUAUGUACGCCGCCAGCCUGGGGAUGCUGGAACCAACCAAAGAGCCUGUGAAGCCGGUCUCUGCAGCAGAGAUGAUUGCUUCCAUCGCCCAGGCGCCUCCGCUGGCUCCAGAGAAAAGCUCGUGUCCCUCAGACGCCGUCCAGCAGGAGGCGCUCCCACCUGUCCAGUUCGACUGGAGCAGCAGCGGCCUUACCAACCCCCUGGACGCGAGCGGAGGCUCGUCUCUCUUAAACCUGGAUUUCUUUGGUCCUGUGGAGGAUUCAGGCUCCACCAGCUCCCCAUCCAUCCCAGGUGUGGACCCUGAGCUGUACGAGCUGACGACGGCCAAGCUGGACCCGGGCGGCUCCGGCAGCCGGGUGGCCGACGCCUUCGCCCGCCUCAUGUCCACCAUGGAAAAGACCAGCACCUCCACCAGGAAGCCGAGGAAGGACGAGAACCUGAGUGAGGAAGCGGCCAAAGUGAUCGCUGGUCUGCCCGACCUGUCCUUCAUGCAGGCCAAGGUGCUGAUGUUUCCCGCCACACUGACGCCGCUCAGCUCCCAGGCCGUGUCGGACUGAAGCCCUGCUCCCCGCUGACCACGCCCUCUGACAGCCCACCAUGCUCGUCUGGCCACGCCCACUGGCUCGGUCCAUUUUAUCAAGUUAUAUAUUUUUUUUGUUUGUUUUUUUGUUUGUUUGUUUUUUUCUCACGCUGCAGCUUGGCUCCUCCCCCUUUUCAUACAUGUUUUUUAACUUUUGUUUUUCAAAAUAAAGCGAAGCAUUUAUCAUCAGGGGAACAGCUGAGCGCUCGGCCGACGACCUGCACAUGUAACAGAGUAGAGAUCAGAUCAUUAAUUUGUAGAGCUGAUAAUUUGUAGAGGAAGGUUUAGAAGUUUGUGCUGUUCAUAUGUAGAAGAAGAAGAAGCAGAAGAAGAAGAAGCAGAAGAAGAAGAAGAAGAAGCGUGGCGUGUACAUAAUCAGGGAUUCAACGUUUCUGUUCCCGUUAGUUUUUUAGAUUCCGAUGAUUUGUGUGUGUGGUGGGAGUGUGUUCAUGUCUGUGAAGGAAACACUGGCUGAAGCUCUUUGAAUCAAACUGAAGUGGAAAAUAUAUAUGACCAGUAUAAAUGAAUACAUUUAUAUACAUAUAUAAAAUCUCUAUAUAUAUAUAUAUAUUUAUGGACUUGAAACCACACUGCCUGCAAAAUCCAGCUGAAUGUUUCGUCCCUCGUUGUUUCAGUUUUUACCUCCAGUCAAAGAUUUUAACCCGAUUCUCUUUAGUGUCAAAGAGGUUUCUGUCAUUUAAUGGAGCUUUUUAACAGGAAGCCCCCCCCCCCCCCCCCCGCGCCCCCCCCCCCCCGCGCCCCCCCCGAUGUUUUAUUCCUCAGUCUCAGUUGACGUGUUCUCACUCACUUGUUUCUUUUUACUCCAUGUUGAACAGCUGUUGUGGAUAAAAACACAUGGUAUCACUUGACAAUAAGAGUCCCCUUUAUAAAGGAUUUAUAAAUGCUUCAUAAUUAGGUUAUUAACACUUAAUAAAUCAUAAAUAAACAUGUUAUAACACAGUUUUCAUCCAUUGAUGCAGGAUCACUAUUUGGCAAGAUCAAGUUAAUGCAACUACUCAUUAAUAUUAAUGAUUUACUAGCAUUUAUAACUGGUAAAAUGAGCUUUAUUGUCAAAUAAUAACAAUAACUAACUCAUUAAUUAGUCAGAUUAAUGAGUAGUAGCAUUAACUUGAUCUUACCAACAGAGAUCCUCCAUCAAUGUUUGAAAACUGUUACAACUUGUUUAUUGAUGGUUAAUGAAGUGUUAAUAACCUAACAAUAAAUCCUUUAUAAGGGGACUCUUAUUGUGAAGAGGUAGCAUCUCUCAGUUCUUUUGUGUUGGGGGUAAAAAUGGGACGUUUUGGUUAAAACCACUGAAGCUUGCUGAAGGUUUCUGAGCAGUGACGGUCGACUCAUCAGAAGGGAAUUAAGGGACCAAUCGUUGACCAGGUGUCGGUUUGAAACUGAUGAAGUGCUUUUUGACUCUUUCUCAUGUUUGGAUGUUUCUUCAGUUGUUUUCGGCUCAUACUACUGUCAGCCCCGUCUCCAGGAGGAUUUUGCACAUUGUAAAGAUGAAAUGGAUGUAAUCAUAGUUCACUGUGGCUUUAGACUGUGUACAGUUAAACUAUGGACUGUAAAAUGUAUGGGAAAAUUCCUAUGGAAAAAAACUGAAUCACUUGAAGAGCCUGUCAAAAGGUUAUCGUGCAUGCCCAGGUUCUUUUCAGACGAUACGUGUGUAAAUUUUACUUUUAGUGUACACGAGAAUUAAAAUAAUUUAAGAGAAAA